AUGUCAACUGUCUGGUGUCAGCUGUCUGGUGUCAACUGUCUGGUGUCAACUGUCUGGUGUCAGCUAUAUGGUGUCAACUGUCUGGUGUCAGCUGUCUGGUGUCAACUGUCUGGUGUCAACUGUCUAGUGACAACUGUCUGGUGUCUACUGUCUGGUGUCAACUGUCUAGUGUCAACUGUCUGGUGUCAGCUGUCUGAUGUCAACUGUCUGGUGUCAGCUGUCUGGUGUCAACUGUCUGAUGUCAACUGUCUAGUGACAACUGUGGUGUCAACUGUCUGGUGUCAGCUGUCUGGUGUCAACUGUCUGGUGUCAGCUGUCUGGUGUCAGCUGUCUG